AUGGAUACAAAAUCUACGGUUGGUAGAUUCAAUGAAUCUAUCGGCUUUAAAUUGAAAAUAUCUUUAGUAGAUGGACAACAACAACCAAUUCUAAAACCUGAUCCAACAGGUUCAUGCUCUCCUUUUAUAGGAGAUCCACAGGGUAGAGAUAUUUGUAAUAACAAUUUAAUCAAUCCAGAUGAUAUUUCAUCAACGGCAUUCAUGUUGAAUGCAAUCGGUUGUUUAACAGAUCAAGCACAAAAAGGUUUAUGUGCAAAGUUUUUAGGAGAAUGUGUAACCCCAACAGAAUCUCUAACAAAAUCAAUAGUUUUAGAAUCACAAUUAUGUAAAGCAGCAUGUAUUAAUUUAACAAAUACAUGUAAUAAUCCUUUAGUAGGAGCAUAUGUAAAUUGCUCUGACUCUAGUCAAUAUCCAGAUAACUACACAUUAUACGAUUUAUCGGAAUACGGAGGAAGCAGUUCAUAUCGUGUCGAGUGCACAAAUUCACUGUUAUUUUCCAAUGGAAGUAGGAAUACCAAUCAAUAUUGUCCAUUCCCUUUGUUUCAUGUCAAUCGUUCAGAUCCUCACUAUUCAAAAGAUAACGGUUUUACAUUUGUAGGAGAAACUAGUUGUGUAGUACCUUGUCCUGUACCAAUUUAUACGUUUGUAUUAUAA